AUGCAAGCCGAGUUUGCGAAAUUCAACGCGAAUCGGUCAUUGGAUGGUAUCAAAGGUAUGCGCAGAUCGAAGCGCUACCUUGAGCGGCUUGAAGCCCUCAAAUUGGCGAAUAACCCCGUAGAACUGGUGCAGGAGCAAAAUGAGACAGAACCAAUGAUCCAAACUGACCUCUUGAUUGCUGAAUGGGCAACCAAACAGCUUGAGGCAGAGAACUUGCCAACUGAUCUGAUGGAACUCCUUAGAUCAAUACAAGCAUGCGAUACCAGAAAGGCUAUGGAUAUGGUGAACAAACGGAUGACUCUUUGGAGUAAGCCACUCCCCGCGAAUGAUACUCGUGAUGGGGAGAGGAGAAGGGAACCACCGCCAUCAUUGUCCAAACGGAUGAUGAAGGUGUGGGAGAGAAGGCAGCAUUAUCGCCGGGUGCAACAACUGUUCAAACGGUCGAGAACGCUGGCAGCAGACGAAUGUCUUGCUGGAACCUGGAAAGACAGUGUGUCAGGGGUCCCUGCCGAGGAACUAAAAUCCUACUGGUGUGGGAACUUUGAUGCACCUGUCAAGGAAGAUCUAAGGCCUGCCCCAAGAGGCCAUACCAACAACUCUCUAGUGGAGCCCUUCUCGGCUGACGAAGUAAAGAGGAUUCUGGCUGAUUCCACCCCCACGGCCCCUGGGCUCGAUGGCAUUAAGUUGGCAGAUUUGAGGAGGCAAAGUCCCUUGUAUCUUGCUACCAUGUUCAAUGCAAUACUUCAAUCUGGAACGGUCCCCGAUGGAUUCUGCAAGAGCAGAACAGUCCUAAUCCCGAAGGUCACCACGCCUAAAGGGCCAAAGGACUAUCGACCUAUAUCUAUAACAUCUGCCGUGUGUCGAUUGUUUCACAAGGGCCUCUCCGCAAGGUACCUAAAGAACAACCCGAUGUGUGCUGCACAAAGGGCGUUCAGAGAUGUAGAUGACAGUUACAAGUACUUGGGCUUGCAUAUCUCGGGGCAUGGAUUCGAGUAUCGGGUGGCUGACAAGCUGGAUGAGAUGUUGAAAAACCUGAAGGCUGCACCCCUGAAACCUCAACAGCGAUUUUAUAUCCUUCGCAACCAUGCAAUACCAAAGAUAAUGCACCAGCUUGUGCUCUCGCCCCAGACCAGUUGUCGGCUAAAAGCAAUAGAUGCAAAGAUCCGAGGAGCAGUGCGCAGUUGGUUCACUCUUCCCCAUGACACGACGAUUGGCUAUUUCUAUGCGGGUUAUCAGGAUGGGGGCCUGGGUAUCAGUUGCUUGAGAAAUCUCAUUCCUUGCCUACAGGUCAGCAGGUUUGAGAAUUUAAAGACAGUGGAUGAGCCCGAUAUCCAAGCUGUUCUUAAAAGUCCCCACAUGAAAGCAUUCAUUUGCAAAGCACGAAGGCUGUGCAAGAUACAGGGAUCUCUGUUACUGUCUAAGGAGGACAUUGCCAAACACUGGCGAAUGCGCCUUUACGACUCCCGCGAUGGGGAUGGCCUUAGCAAUAUUAACGAGACUCCAGUAGCAAAUGAUUGGGUGGUGGACGGGACUACUCUACUUCCCGGGAGUAAGUUCAUCCAAGCGAUUAAGGUCCGAGGAAACCUUAUUGCAACAGGUGAACGAAUGACCAGGGGUAGGGGACCUCCCCCAAGAUGCCCUGAGGGGUGUAAUGCGACUGACUCACUGGGUCACAUCCUGCAGAGCUGCAGUAGGAGCCAUGACAUCCGGUGUAAGCGGCAUGACAUGCUGCGUACCAAACUGUCCAAGAUGCUAAGAGAGCAAGGACAUUAUGUCUUUGAGGAACACACGUUUGCGACCAAUGUGGGAAAGUGA